AUGCUAGAAAGACUAUUGCUUCUUUCCACUUCCCUAAUCCAUGCCGUUCUCGCCGCCACCACUAUCACAACCUAUCUCGACUCGAAAUGUGCUCAGGGCAUCGAAGUCUUCACCCCUCCAGAAAAUGGCCGUUGCCAGGAGAAUAUUCUGGGGAACUAUUCAAGCUUGAUAAUCACAAACCCCACUCCAAGCUGCAAUGUUAACUGGCACGUUAAUGACUAUCUGGGCUGCGCUGGAAGUUCGGCCGGACAGCUGCAGAUCGACCUCUGCUACGACCGAGGAACUCUCGACCAGAUCACCCCCAACUUCGGGCAGUUCACCGUUGACUGCGAUCCAGUGGUCAUGGGUAACGCAGAUGCAGACACCCUGCAGUCGUCGGCCUUCUCUUCUGGCACCAUGACAACUAACACUGUGACCUCGACCGGAGGAACUCCCACCUCGCCAACCAGCACCUCAAGCUCGGGUACAGCAACAGGCAGUCAUAGCCCAUCUCCCAGCUCAGAUGAUAAAGAGGAAGAGGAAGGCCUCUCCACAACAGCCAAAGCAGUCCUCGCAUACUUUGGCUCUGUAGGCGGCCUCGUUCUCACCGCGGUGAGUAUCUCUGGUGUGAUCUGGUUCAGUCGCAAAACGACAAAGCAAGGAGAAAGAGAGCUAGAAUUCAAAGAGGAAGACCAAAUAAGAAACAUCAAUUCAGAGUUCAGGGAUCAAUAUCGAUUUUGGAUCGACUAUAUCCUUCCCUGGAAGAGCAAAUCGCGCAAUACUGAUGGUGCGGCCACUAUGGAGGCUGGCGAGGGAACCGAGCUGCAGUCAACCGUGGCCGUCACAGCAUCAGAUCCGCAGAGAGCUUCUGGAGCUGGUAGUCAUGGUACACCACGCCAAUGA